AUUAUUAAAAAAAAAAAAAAACAUCAUCAUUGGCUCUUGGUAAAUGUCCCAGGUGAGUUAACCUCAACUUGAAUCAACCUUCCUUUAUAUAUAUACACUUACACUUGGUCUUGAUUUAGAAUACUGUCUCCAACUAUACAAUUCUAAAAGAUUUGAACUCAAAUGUGGUUUAUAAUCAUGAGGAGCAAAAAGCAUACUUAAAACAUUCUUUGUAUUAUUGUUGUAUAAUUUAUAUAGGCUUACCAUGCAGAACUUAACUAAGAUUUCAUUUAUUAUCCUGACUGCAUACACUGAUGUUGGAAAUGUUAAAUACCUUUACUUCACUAUUUUGUUGGCAUUAUAUGUUUGCAUCAUUUUUGCCAAUGUGCUCGUAAUCAGAGUUGUUUGCAUGGAUAGGUCUCUGCAUGAGCCCAUGUACCUGUUUUUGUGCAGUCUUUGUGUGAAUGAACUAUAUGGCAGCACAGGUCUAUUUCCUUGUCUUUUGCUAAAUUUGAUCUCAGACACCCAUGAAAUUUCUCUUACAUAUUGCUACAUACAAAUUUACUGUUUGUAUACUUAUGGAGUAGCGGAAUUUAGUAAUUUAGCAAUCAUGUCUUAUGACAGGUACAUGUCAAUCUGUCAUCCUUUACAGUACCACACCAUCGUGACACCAAAGAAAGUCUGUCUCUUAAUUCUUCUGGCAUGGUUGCUUUCUUUUUGCAUAUUUACUGUUACCUUCUCCUUGAAUUUGCGUUUACAGUUGUGUGGUAAUGUCGUGGAGAAAGUGUGGUGUGACAACUAUUUGCUGGUCCGACUAUCCUGUUCAGACACAACUUUAAAUAACAUAUAUGGCCUUUGCAUAAUUGUUUUAGUUGUUGGUCCUCCAAUGGUACUCAUGUUAUACUCUUACAUUAGGAUCAUCAAAAUUACUUUUAGGGCCAGUAAUGACACAAAAAAGAAAUCCUUGAGUACAUGUGUUCCUCAUAUUGUUUCACUGCUAAAUUAUUCCAUAGGUAGCUGUUUUACAAUGAUUCAAAGCCGACUAACCAAGACAAGUAUUCCAGUCACUUUGAGCAUAAUUAUUUCAGUAUAUUUUUUAAUGAUCCCACCACUUGUCAAUCCAAUCAUGUAUGGACUAAAGAUGACUAAAAUCAGAGAUGCUUGUAGAAAAGUUGUCAGUCCAAGAAAUUAA